UCCCCUCUGAACUUUACAAAAACUCUCCACGAUCUUUUCUCAGUGGUUUUGAAUAAGACAUGGAAUAAACUGCUCCCAGACACCUGCUUUUGUGGUUGUAUUUUGGUUUGAUGCAGUCAUAUCAUCAUUAGCUAAUGCAACUGUGUUUCUAUUUUAUUGGUUUAGUCUAAUUAAACCAGACAAGCACAAGUUCUAAAAUAUAAUGAAGUUUGUCGAAAGCAAAACAUUUUUGUGGGGGAAUUAGGUUUAUGGAGGAUCAUAUAUAGAUAUCACUUUGAUAUGUAACACGAAGCCACUCCUCCUUUCUACAUUGCAUUUGCUUCCUACUUAAACAUGACUCAGUGAGAAAGCACUACAGCAGAGACCCUGUCAUCACUUAACUAAUACUGCAUUUCAUCCAUGACUAGAGUAACUCAGUUCUCCAUGUCAGAUCUCUACAUGAUGAUUAGGUUUCUUUUCUGCUAUUACCUCACAGCAGGUAUUUCUCUGGGAGUUCAGGUCCAUCAGUCUCCUCCUGCUGUCGUCAGAAAGGCUGGUGAUGAUGUGCAGCUUUUCUGCACACAUGGACAAAGGGACUACAGAGUGAUGCUGUGGUACCAGCGGUCACCUGGAGACAAGGCUCUGAAACUUGUUGGAUAUGGAUAUGCACAGUUCAAAAACGACAGCGUGGAAGAGGCGUUUAGAAAACAUUUCAAAUUAGCUGGAGAUUUGAGUGGAGACCAAAAAAAUGGUUCACUGUCCAUUACUGAUCUAAAAGCACACAAACACACCGCAACGUACUUCUGUGCUGCCAGGGAGGCACAGUGGAUCAAACAUCCAUCUGCUCUUGACAAAAACCUCUUUACCCCUCCACUCUGAAUGUAGGUUAAAGAGUAAACGGGAGGUCUAUAUAUAUAUAUUUUAAAUCUAUGUCAUAACCACAAGGAAGCACAGACAGCAAAUAAGUUUUGUUAGUGAAAUGACAAAAUUGCCUAGUGCAAUUAUGCUCAGUACCCUUGAGUGUAAUUGAACAAAAAAAAUAAGGCAGAGACUAAAUGAAAGAAAGUUUCUCAGUGUCAACUUAUGCUCUACAUCUCUACAUCACUUCCUGCCCCUCCUUCUGAUACACAAAGCACAGCAGAGACUCUAGCUGGUUCUUCACAUUCAACAUGAUGCCAUCUCGUUUCAUCGUUUCCAUCAUCACUGUCUUCUGCUUUAAAGGAGUUUACCUCAGUAAAGAAAAACAAGUAUUUCAGAACCCACCUGAACUGCUGAUGAAACCAAACGGUGAAGUCAACCUGAGCUUCACACAUCAAAUCCCGAGCUAUGACACUAUUCUCUGGUAUCAGCGUUCAGCAGGAGACACUUCCCUAAAGCUGAUUGGCUAUAUGUAUUAUAAGACUCCUAAUGUUGAGCCGGCAUUUCAAAGCCACUUUAAAGUGAGUGGCGAUGGAAAGAAAACAGCUUAUCUUCACAUCCUGAACCUGACGCACCCUGAAGACAGUGGAGAAUAUUUUGGAGCAGCAAACAUUGUUUUAUCAUCGCUUAUGAUCCAGCAAACACCUGUAAAUUCUCUGAUAAAACCUGAACAAGAAGAAGCCCGUCUUGAGUGUUACCAUGGAGACAACAACUAUCCCUACAUGCUCUGGUACAGGCACAGGUCAGCAGCAGGAGGCCAAAGGGCCAUGGAGCUGAUCGGACUGCUUCAUUAUGAAAAACCAAACCUCGAGAACAACUUUGAAGCACGUUUCAACAUAACGGGCCAUUCAAAGGGCCGAGCUCAGCUUGUUAUCUCCAACAUAAACCCAACAGACAGCGCAACGUACUUCUGUGCAGCGAGUCAGCACAGUGUUUCAACUCCUCUGGCUCCUUUACAAAAAGCUGGUGGCCCAGUAUCAAACAUGCACCUGCAUCAAACCUAA